GCCCGCCUCCCUGCAACCGCCCCCGAGAAACACCACCCCCAGCUUGCAAUCCGCCUGCCAUGUCUGUCAAGAUCUUUGAGUGGUCCGAGGUCGAGAAGCACAACACCCGCGAUGACUGUUGGAUGGUCAUCGACGGCAAGGUCUACGACUGCUCCAAGUUCCUGGAUGAACAUCCCGGUGGUGAGGAAGUCCUCCUCGAGGUCGCUGGCCAGGAUGCCACCGAUGCCUUUGAGGAGAUCGGCCACUCUGACGAUGCCCGCGAGCUCCUGAAGACUCUGUACAUCGGCGACCUGAACCCCGCUUCGGCCAAGACCAAGUCCUCCAAGGCUUCCGCUGCCACUCCCGCCUCCCAUGGCGGUGAUGCUGCCGCCAAGGCCGCUGGAAACAACUCCCUCCUCUUUGCCCUGGUCCCCAUCGUCGUCGUCGUUGCCUACCUGGCUUACCAGUUCAUUAACCAGAAGUAAACGAUUCGUGGACUUGUGCGAGCGACGAGUGAUUGGCGCCAUCGUCGAAGAUGGCCAAGGGACGCACCGUCGAUAACGGAGGGAAGCGCUCCGGACAAGCAGUCUCAGGCCUGUACACCUAUACAGUCUGUUCAAACAAACAAAGCAAAUAGGAAAAAUAAUGGCAUCCUUCCGUCCGAGCACCACUGGAGUAUGCGUGGGAC